AUGGAGGAGAUGGAGGAGGAGCUCAAGUGCCCGGUGUGCGGCUCCUUCUACCGGGAGCCCAUCAUCCUGCCAUGUUCUCACAACCUGUGCUCCGCGUGCGCGCGGAACAUCCUGGUGCAAACGCCGGACGCAGAGUCGCCCCAGAGCCGUGCGUCCGGCUCCGCGGUGUCGGACUAUGACUAUCUAGACUUGGACAAGAUGAGUCUGUACAGCGAGGCGGACAGCGGCUACGGCUCAUACGGUGGCUUCGUGAGCGCACCCACCACCCCGUGCCAGAAGUCUCCGAACGGAGUGCGCGUUUUUCCGCCCGCGGCCCCGCACCACCUCAUGCCACACGCGCCCGCAGCCUUGACGCCCGUGCCCCGGAACGCCUGCAUCACGUGUCCGCAGUGUCACCGCAGCCUGACGCUGGACGAACGCGGGCUGCGCGGCUUCCCGCGGAACCGCGUCCUGGAGGCGGUGGUGGACCGCUACCAGCAGAGCAAAGCAGCGGCUCUGCGCUGCCAGCUGUGUGAGAAGACCCCCACAGAGGCCAGCGUCAUGUGCGAACAGUGCGACGUGUUCUACUGUGACCCGUGCCGCCUGCGCUGCCACCCGCCGCGGGGGCCGCUGGCCAAACACCGCCUGGUGCCACCCGCGCAGGGCCGCAUCAGCCGCCGCACCAGCCCCCGCAAGAUCUCCACCUGCACCGAGCAUGAGCUGGAGAACCUCAGCAUGUACUGUGUGCAGUGCAAGACCCCCGUGUGCUACCAGUGUCUGGAAGAGGGCAAGCACGGCACGCACGAGGUCAAGGCGCUGGGCGCCAUGUGGAAGCUGCACAAGGGGCAGCUGUCUCAGGCUCUGAACGGACUCUCGGACCGAGCCACAGAAGCCAAAGAGUUCCUGGUGCAACUCCGGAACAUGGUGCAACACAUUCAGGAGAACGGAGUGGAGUUCGAGGCGUGUCUCGUGGCUCAGUGUGACGCUCUCAUCGACGCUCUGAACAGAAGGAAGGCCCAGCUGCUGUCGCGGGUCAACAAGGAGCACGAGCACAAGCUGAAGGUGGUGAGGGACCAGAUCUCCCACUGCACCGUGAAGCUGCGUCAGACCACCGGACUCAUGGAGUACUGUCUGGAGGUGAUCAAGGAGAACGACCCCAGCGGAUUCCUACAGAUCUCGGACGCCCUGAUCCGCCGGGUGCACAUGACCGAGGGGCAGUGGGGGAAGGGCACGCUGACCCCGCGCAUGAGCAGUGACUUUGACCUGACGCUGGACAGUGGGCCCCUGCUGCAGACCAUCCACCAGCUCGACUUUGUGCAGAUGAAAGUCCCCGCGGCCCCGAUGCUGCAGCUGGAGGAGUGCUGCACUCAGAACAACAGUGCUACGUUGUCGUGGAAACAGCCUCCCCUGUCAACGGUCGCCGUGGAGGGAUACAUCUUGGAGCUGGACGACGGCGGCGGCGGACCCUUCAGGGAGGUGUACGUGGGCCCAGAGAGCAUCUGCACAGUGGACGGUCUUCACUUCAACAGCACCUACAAGUCCAGAGUGAAGGCCUUCAACAGCAGCGGAGUGGGACAGUACAGCAAGACCCUCCUCAUGCACACGUCAGAAGUGGCCUGGUUCACUUUCGACCCCGCCUCGGCUCACCCCGACAUCCUCUUCUCCAACGACAACCUGACCGUGACGUGUAGCAGCUACGACGACCGCGUGGUCAUGGGCAACGCCGCAUUCUCCCGUGGCGUGCACUACUGGGAGAUGACCCUCGACCGCUACGACAAUCACCCGGACCCGGCCUUCGGUAUCGCUCGAGGGGACGCUCUCAAAGACGUGAUGCUGGGGAAGGACGACAAAGCCUGGGCCAUGUAUGUGGACAACAACCGGUCCUGGUUCAUGCACAACAACUCGCACACAAACAGGACAGACGGAGGAGUCUCUAAAGGCUCCACUAUCGGAGUUCUGCUGGACUUCACUCGAGGAAUCCUCAUCUUCCUCAUCAACGACGAGCAGCAGGGUCCAGUGGCCUUCGACGGCCUGGAGGGGGCGUACUACCCGGCCAUCAGCCUCAACAGGAACGUACAGCGGAGGAGGAGGAGAAGGAGAAGGAGGAGCGAGACACAGGUGACCCUCCACACCGGCCUGCCCAUCCCUGACUUCUACACCCCCGGUGAUGGAGACCCCAGCGGCUCCGUGUGCUGA